AUUGAAGUCAAAACAACUGACUCAGUAGAAAUAAAGAAGUUCAUACGUAAAGUAAAUUAUGAAUUCCUUGGUUUUCAUUGCAACCAUAAAGUUAUGGACAAAGAUUGCGACAUGGUUUAUAAGAAUGUUUCUGACAUAUAUAAAUCUGAAGAAUUUAAGACCUACGAUAACUUUGUUUCAUUAGUUGCUGAAUGUGUUUGGGAAAUAAGAGAUAAAGAUAGAAGAGGCAAAGUAUGGAACGAACAACUAAGACCCGCUAUGUUUGAGAUGAAGAGAGCAAUUGACGCCUUAGUUGUUUUAGCAGGUCAAAUUUCAAUGUAUAACGCAAAAAUGAACCCGCAAUGUUCAAAAUGUAAGGCAGCGAUGAGGAAAUAUAACUACUCCGUCAAAGAGAUAGAAAGAAUGAGAAACGACUAUGCAGAUUUAAAGAAAGAAGUAGAAAAGCCAGCAGAAGAUAAAAUGGAUAUGUUGACAUUUCUGAACAAAAAUUAUCCAACUGCUGACGAUUUCCUUCUAUCUGACGUCAAGAAGAAAUAUAAAGAAACCUUCGGCAUUGUUAAAACAUUCGAUGUACUAAAAGAAGAAAUAGAAGCUACAAAACUGUUUAAAGUCAUGAACCAUCGCAACAUAUACCAUGUAAAACGCUUGUAA